AUAAUUUAUUUAUAACAUUUGAAUUUAAUGUUGUUACUGAAAUAUAGGCGAGAAGCAACAAGAAUGCAGCAAAUAGAGCUAAGUUAAAGAUGCUCCAUCAUAUUGGUAGCAAGCCAAUUAGAGAGAUUAUUUAUCAAAAGGGCGGAAAAGAUGGCAACCCACCAGAUUUGGCAACUAUUUUCUUUGAGACUCGGAAGAAGAAUGACACACUUGUUAAUUAUGAAACAAUCAAGAAACAUGCUCAAAUUCAAGAAUUGGUGCAGUCUGAACCGUCUCUUCCUACCAUAGAAAUUGUAGAAAAAUGCUUUGGACCUCAAACUCGUAGCCAUGUAUUUGGAUUUGGUGGUGGAGUAAAGGCGAAAGAUUUUAAAGGUGGGACUUCCUCAAAGGUUGAUUUAUUGUCUGAGCUACGUUCAACUCGAGAAGAAAAUCAAUCUUUGAUGGAACGCUUGUCUAACUUUGAAAAUGAGAUGAAAGAACUGACACAAUUGAAAGAGUGGUUUUUAGCUCAACACUCCAAUUUCCAGCCUCCGACAUCAAAAUGCUCAGGAGAAUGACUAUUCCUUUGAUGAUACCAAGUUAUGGAAAUUGAAGGUCACCAGAAGCAAACUUUUGAGGACAAAAAGGUUGACUAUCAUUUUGCUAGAAAUGUUGGGAAAAGUGUAUAUUAUAGUCUAAGGGAUAUUAGCUAUAUAGGUUUUUGCUAUGGGUCUAUGUACAAAAUACUGUGACUAAAUUACAUCUUUGAUGUACAAUGCCAGUAACUGAUAUAUGGUGAUCAUUUUUUGCAAUUA